ACAUAAAAAACACGUAAUUUGUGGCGGCAAUUGUAAACAUUCCAAAUUCGGUAAUAUAGUUCUUACGGCGUACGAACUACGAAGUUUAGUUUACUAGUGUGAAGUAAAAUGUGCUUUGUUUUAUUAAAUUUACUAUAAAUUGCAAUACUACUGAAAUGGAUUCUAAAGCAGAAGAAAAUCACAAUUCGGCGAAGGAGCGUAAGCAAUGGUACACAUACGUGACAGUGGAGCCGCCAAUGUUCCUCUACAUGAUGGCGUACAUGAUAACCAGCGUGAUAGAACAGACAUUCUACGUGUUCCAAGCCUGCCGGGUUAAUCAUGGACAACCAGAGGAUGUGUGCUACAAUAUACAAGACUACGAAGACAUUAACAAGGAAGUCCAGGUGACCGUGUCAACGUUUCAUCAAUGGAAUGGCAUCGCUGCGAACAUUAUUCCUUUGUUACUGGCAUUCUUCCUCGGUACCUACAGCGAUAAACGUGGCAGAAAAGUAUUACUUCUUGUCGGCUUACUGGGAAAACUGUACUUUUCUAUCGUCAUCACCCUCAAUACAAUGUUCCUUUGGCCGGUAGAAUACAUUAUAUACACUGCAACAUUUCCGAGCGCCUUGACUGGUUCUGAUUUGGCGAUUUUCGCUGCAUGUUUCUCAUACAUAGCUGAUGUGUCUUCGCUCAAGAAUAGGACUCUUAGAGUUGGGAUAUUGGAUAUUGUGUAUUUGAGCGCUAUGCCUUCAGGGGUUGCUUUAGGCAACUUCAUAUUCAAUAAGCUGGUGGAUAGAUCUUUUACGUGGAUGUUUAUAAUAAAUACUACACUAAUGGUAAUUGCAACUUUAUACAGUAUCUUCUUUCUCAAAUGGCAAACAAGGCCUGAGCAAAAAAGCCUUUUUGAGGCGGGAGUUAAAAAUCCCAUAACUGACUUUUUUGAUCUCAGAAAUAUCGGUAAAACGAUUGUGACCUUGACGAAAAGGAGAUCCAACAAUCGAAGACUUAUCUUGUGGUUCCUGCUGAUUUCUAUGGCAUUUUAUACUUUCCAAAGAGAUGAAAAACCAGUGAUGUAUCUGUACGCGUUGAAAGUGUUAAAAUGGGAUACUACAGAUUUCAGCAAUUUUAGGACUUUUGCUAGUACUUCAUAUGUCACUGUUAUGUUAUUUGGCAUACCACUUAUGACAAAAGUGCUGAAAUGGAAGGAUACGGUGAUUCUCAUGUUAGGUGCGAGUUCACACAUAGCAGGCCACUUCACUUACACCCAGGCAACAGCCGGGACUACCAUGUAUAUAGGAGCGACACUCGCAGCGCUGGGCCCUUGUGUGGCGCCCGUUAUACGAUCCAUGGCGUCCAAGGUGCUAGCUCCGAGCGAAAGAGGUGUGGUGUACGCCUUCUUAUCAGUGAAUCAGACCGCCGUAGCUAUGUGCUCUUCCCUAAUCUACAUGCAGAUAUACAAGGCGACCAUAGACACAGACUAUAUCACUGCCAUUUUCUUCUUCACAAUAGCGACACAGGGUGUCGUCUUUUUGCUGUCAAUGUCCAUGGAGUUAAUGCUAAAAGGCAAAAAUUUGGAGGCUCCGGCCGAGGAAGUGUUUAAUAAGUAACAGUAAGCAUAAUAUUACAAUUACAACUAAUAAAAUAUACUCUGUAGCAAUUUACGUUUACCUAAAUGUAAACAACGCCUAGUAACGAUGGUUAAAAUUCUAUCGAUGAACCACUCACGUAGUGUUACAACUUUUUUUACUUUCGAAAUGUAUCUGUUUAAAUAAAUUUUAGUGAAAAUAUAAACAAAAGGAAAACUCGAUCAGAUAGUGGGUUCUGUAAAUAAUAAGUGACAAUAUAGUGAUAGUGUAAUAAGUGACAACUUGGAAGAAGCAACCGUCCACACCGAAGCUUUGUUAAUAUUUAAAACAAAAGAAAUUGAAACAGAGUAUAACAUUUAAUUUUAUAUCUGUUAAAUGUUCAAAACGACGAGUCCUACAUAUACAAGUGCAUUUGUAAUGUUUUACGAAAAAUUUCUUAAGUUUGACAAUUAUAGAAGGAUAAUCCGCUCUUCUGCACAUUGAUAAUAAUAAUAUGAUUCCACUUGUUGUAGUAUGUAACACAGGGUCCAACGAAAAAUGUAAGGUAAAUUAUAAUA